GUGUUGUAAUAAUUUUCUGUAUAGCAAUAAUUUGACAUAAAAGUUGGUGAUGGUCAGUACGUUUGCAGAACAAACAACAGUUUGGCUCGAAUAUUUUAACAAGUUCACAGAGAAACCUUUAUUAUUUUAAAAUACGAUUACCGAGCUUAAAAUGCAGGUUAAAUGUGAAAAUGUUUUUUUACCCCAUUUCCUACAUUAGCCACUGAUAGGAAUAUCAGAAACUUGCAAAAACAAAGUAGGGAGCAAGCUAACUAUUAGCUUCACCUUAAAGCUGACUGAUGCAUUUUAGGCACAUUUCUUUGAGUUUUUCGUUAUUUAUACUCACUAAAAUGAUUAUAUUUGCCAUUCUACAGCGGAAGAUUAAAUAUAAACACGUUUAUUUCCCCUCUAAUUCCUUCCUGAACUCUAAUUUCCCUCUGGGAUUAGCAAAGUAUUUUUGAAUUUGAAUUGAAUUAAACAAGUUUAAAUGUAAACAAAGUUCAGAGGAGCAUUCAGAACCACGUGGUUUCAGACACCUGUUGUGGCAACAUAAAGCAAACUUGUUAAGCUUCUUCUCCAGGCGAGAAGUACGCAGAAAUGCUGUUAAAACCCCACCUUAAUGAGUUUAAGGCAGUUUAAUCAAAGCUCCAAAGCUGCUUUGUGUGGUAAUGACAUGAUAUUUCUCCUGAACAGCGUCACACCGGCUGGACUUUGAACCCCGGCUGCACACAGAGUGACCGGCUGAAGCUCAGCUUUCCGUUGUCGUACCUGAUCAGAUUUAAACUCCCAUUUUAAAAGAGAGGAAGACAAAGGAAGGGGUUCAAUGGCCCUGAAAUUACAAGCCAAGACGGGAGACAGAGGUGGUCUCGAGGAGGUUAGAAUCAUCCUGGUUGGACACAGCUGGCUGGAGAAGAGUUUGGUCGGAAACGUCAUCCUCAGCGGACAGAUGUUUGACAUCAGCAGGGACGUGAAGAUGUGUGUCAGGAGGCAGGCUGUUCUCCCAGACGGGAGGAAGGCUGUAGUCGUCAGCACCCCUGAGAGGUGGCUUCCCUCCGCCGUCCCGGACCUCAGUCUCGUGAGCGUGAACCUGGAGUCCUGCAUGUGUCCGCCUGGGCCUCACGCCUUCCUCAUGAUCAUCCCCAUCGGCUCGCACCGAGGCUGGGAGUGGACCGUGGAGGGACCUCUCCAACUGUUGAACGACUCUCUGUGGAGAAGCACGAUUGUGGUGUUCACUAAACAUGAGAAGCUCAGAGGAACAUCUGUAGAAAGUCACGUUGCUAAGUAUGAUUUCCUUAAAGUCCUCCUGGAGAAGUGUGCACAUAGAUGCCACCUUUUAGACACAAGCGCUUGGGGAGAGGCCGACGAUGCUCAAGUUGGAGGCCUGCUGAAGAAGAUUGAUGAGAUGGUUGGAGUAAACAAGAAGGCAGGAGGAGCUGGUUUUGUGGCUUUAAGGGAAAAACUCUCUAAGAUGAACGGCAGCAUGAGGAAAGAGGUGGAGGAGAGGGCUGCCUUCAGACAGAAGGAGGUGCAAAGGACCAGAAGGACACUCAGAUCUGACGUGGACAGAUCUCCUUCUCUUUCUGUGCUUCAAAUUGUCGUCGUGGGACCGAAGCACGCUGGCAAGAGCUCAGCAGUUAACACCCUCCUCGGCGAGGACAUUUGUCUUUCAGGACGUCUGACGUUGAAGUGCAUGGAGAGACAGGGUGUUGUUGGGGAAAGGAGGGUGUGUGUGGUGGACACUCCCAGCUGGCAUGGACGGUACUGCUCCGAAGACACUCCAGAGGAGGUGCAGGGACAGAUCUCACGCUCUCUGUCUCUGUGCAGUCCCACUCCUCACGCCGUCCUGGUGGUCCUACGCAGCGACGAGACCUUCACUGAAACUGACAGGAGGAGAGUGGAGGAACACCUGAAGCUCCUCGGACCUUGGGUUUGGACUCGAAUCAUUGUGCUUUUCACAUGGGGGGACAAACUGGGGAGCGCCUCCAUUGAGGAGCACAUAGAGACGUGGCCGGCCCUGCAGUGGCUCGUGGACAAAUGUGGGGACAGGUUUCACGUCUUCGACAACACGAACACAGCUGGAGACUCUCAGGUUAGAGAGCUGUUGGACAGGAUAGAAGAGACGGAGAUGGAGAAUGAUACCAAACGUUUGGUACGGAGUCUUGCUGAUUUUCAGCAAAGAAACAGGAAGUUGGAGCAAAAAUCCAAAAAGAUGAGAAGGAAGCUUCAGAAAACGCAGGCUGAGAAGGAUCUCCUCAUGCAGACGAUUAAAAACAAAGAACAAACAAACGAGGACUUGAUUAAGUCAACCAAAGAGAAAGAUGAUCAGGUCGAAGUUCUCAGGAAAACUUUAGAAGAGCUGAGAGAAAAACAGCAAAGCGGCGAGUUUAGAAUGAGAUUGUUGGAAAGGGAGAACAACUCGAAACAAGACGAGAUAAGAAGUCUGAGUGAGGAGUGCGCCGUGAAAGAUGAGCUUUUAAAAUCCGCAAAGCAAAAAGGUGAGGUGGAAAACAAAAAACUAAAGGAACGGGUGAAAGAACAAGAGCAAGAAAAAGCAGAUUUAAGGACCCUGUGUGAGAGAAAAGAUCAAGAGCUGAACAAAACGAAGACGAAUCACAAAAGAGAAUCAGAGGAGCUCAGAGGGACGAUUCAGCAGAUCAGGAGGGAGAACGAGGAGACUCUGCUGAAGGCAACGAUUGAAGAGAUGCAAAUGCACCUUCAGACAGAGGAACCGACGGAGGCAGCGGUGUCCUUUUAUAACCACCAGCAGCUAAAUAAAACAACGAUGAGCAUCAAAUCUCUGGAGCUUAGCAGGCAGCAAAAAUGGGCGUCCACAGUCUCAUCGCGUCCCUACAGAGACGCCAUCAAACCUGUUGCAGAAGCAGGUCAGAAAAGGCCGGCAGGGUGGGAUGAUUGCAGAAUGAAGACAGAAACUGGGAUCCAAGAGCAGCAGCUGGAGGCCGAUCGAACUAGGUUGAGAGUUGGAGGUGCAGUGCUGGGGUCUGCGAUUGGGGCCUUUGUUGCUUCCAUCAGGUCGCCCUCAGGGAUGAACAUCAAAUGGGCGUGCUGGGCUGCAACUGGAGCCGCUCUGGGGAUCUUACUGGUGCAAAGCGUCUGGUCCCAAGAGGGGAAGGACCAAGGAGCAACCUAGGAAACACCUCUGGAUGCUCCUGAUUAAAAACACACUGCAUUCAC